GUUUCGUGGCAGAAACUUCUUACAAUACACAAGCCGCUCCCGGGAUAGGUUCAAUUCAAUAUCAUAAAAUAAAUAUAUCACUUUUCUCGAUCAUGCAAGAGGUGACCUCAUUCAAGCUGGUUCUUCUCGGAGACGGAGGAACUGGGAAAGCCACAUUUAUCAAGCGACACCUGACCGGCGAGUUCGAGAGGCGAUACAUUGCGACCCUGGGUGUGGAGGUCCAUCCAAUACUCUUCCACACCAACCGAGGAGUGUACCGCUUCUAUGUGUGGGACACUGCCGGUCAGGAGAAGUUCGGUGGCCUACAAGAUGGGUAUUAUGUCCAAUGUGCCAUAAUAAUGUUCGACGUGAGCUCGAGAAUUACCUACAAGAAUGUGGCACGUUGGCACCGCGACUUGGUGAGGGUAUGCGGCAAUAUUCCGAUUGUUUUGUGUGGAAACAAGGUGGAUAUCAAGCAACGGAAGGUUAGGCCUAGGCGCUUUGACUUUCAUCGUAAGAAAAACCUCCACUACAUGUCCGCCAAGUCAAACUAUAAUAUUGAGAGUCCCUUCGUCUAUCUGUUGCGGAAGUUGGUUGAUGAUCCCAACUUGCAAUUGGUCAAGAACCCCGCUCUAAAACCCCCAGAUGUGGUUUUUACCGACGAGAUGCGCCGUCAAGUGGAACGCGGGUUAAUGGAGGCCAGCUUCUAUCCUCUGCCCACUUAUAACGAUGAUGAUGAUCUGUAAAGUUCUCGAUUAUUGUUCUUUCAAAAUUCAGAAGUUCUUGUAUCAUACUUUUCCCCUUCUGCGUUAAUCUUUGCUCACUUUUAUGUCCAUGAUUUUGCAAAUUUCUCUGCUGGUAAUGUCAAGAUCAUUAUUUAGUAUAAUACACAUAAAUGCACAUUUCUGAAA